AUGGAAACAACAGAUCGAGAAGCUCUGAAUGAUAUCGAUUCUAGAAUAAACGCCAUUGAGAGGCGGCUGAGAAACGCGAAAAUGGCCAGGGACGCGUACAUCGAUUUCUUACGCGGAAAAUACCCCAAUUGGAGGGGAAUCUCACUGCCGACUUAUCAAAAAGUGAUGUUCACCGAAAAUCGCCGGGAUUUCCUCGUAAACGAUCUCGCCACAGCUGAUUAUCAUUGGGAUAUCGGAAGGGAGAAUUUGAACUCAAGGAUUCCGAUUUCUUCUGGAAAACUUCACAAUCAAAUACCGCAAAGAGGUCCACUCCUGCAAUCAGACGUUGUUUUGAUGAGACACCGAUUACAGGAGAUCUCUAAUCAAUUACGAGUGAUGAGAGAGCAUCGAAUCCACAUGGCCACCCAGGAGUACACAAAAAUGAGAGAUACAACUGAUGUGUUCGGUCCCGGAGAGUUGCACUUAAACGAGGAAUCCGAUGAAAUCACCGAAUUGAGAAGAAGAAUUGAGGGAAUCGAUGUAAACGAGCCACAAAGGAUUCGAUCACCGACAAAAAUCGACCUCCAACGCGCCGAAGAGGAGGUUCGACAAAAUGCUUUGAUUAGAGAAAUUCGUGAGAAUCCACCUCGAGCCUUCUUUGAUGAACCUUCAACUCAAAUACAGCAACAAUUGAUCAUCCCACUUGCUGUUCAACCAGCUAAAAUCCUUGAAGAACCUUCUAGAUCUUCAACAACAAAUCAAGCCUCUGGUAUCCGCUCACUGAGCUUAUCUCAACCACAAACACAAAACGUACCCGAAAAUGUGCCCAAGAGUACGGUUACAUUUAAAGCAGAGGAACCGAAGCCCGUUGAGAAGAGCCAGCCAAGGCAGGAUGUUCCUCAAUCAAGCCAAUCAAAUGAUCUGAGCAAAGUGAUGAGCAUGUUUGGCAAUCAGACAACAACAGAUACGGAAAGUGAUGAGACACCUGUUCCUGUUAGAAGAAAUCAACCAAGCCAGAUUUCCUCAAUUUUGCCAAGCUUCUCAAAUCAACCGCCAAAAGUCGACAUCUUAUCGCAAUAUAUGGGCAAAUCCAAGCCACAAGAUCCACUUCAGAAAUUGUUACAAAUGGGAAAAGGAGAUGAUUCGGAUGAUGAUUUCUUUAAA